AUGGAGACGAUAAAUCUCUUUUCCAGCGAAAAGGGCUUCCAAGAGUGUGUUGAGAGAUAUGAUGGUGAUGAUCUUAUAAGUCGAUUACCCGAUGACAUUCUCCUUGUUAUCCUGUCUUUCCUCACAUUGAAAGAAGCUGGGCGAACAAGUGUUCUUUCUUCUCGUUGGAGAAACCUGUGGAGUUACACCUCACAUCUCAACUUUGAUGACUAUAGUUCGAUGGAGAAGAUUAUCGAGGACCCAGAAUUUCGCGGUGUCGAGAGGGAAAAGUAUGUAAAGUGGGUGGAUUCGGUUCUCCAAUCACACCGAGGGUCCAGCGUGAAAGAAUUAAGAAUAUGCUUUAGUUUAGUCAAAUCAGCCAGAAAGUCAAUUACGAAGUGGCUUGAAUUUGCUUUUGAGAAGCACAUCGAAAAGUUGGAGUUGAACCUUUCAGAUGGUGACUUUAUUCAUGACCCAGAUGAAACGUACGUGUUUCCUCAAGAGUUAUGCAGUUCAGACGGUCCUUACAAAUCUAGUCGACUUUUCAACUGUAAGUCCAUAAAAAUGUUGUCCUUGGGCGGUAUUCAAGUCUCUGGUGAAACUAUUGAGUUUUUCUUACGUGGCUGCCCAUUGCUCGAGCAGUUACGUGUCAGUGCCUCUGAUAAUUUGACACGUCUUGAAAUUUGCGGACCAUCCCUUGAGCUUUUAUCGAUGCUCAAAUUCCCCAUGAUGCCUAAACUUAAGAAGUUGGUCAUCAUUGAAAGUUUACGUGGUGUGGACUCGAGUCUUCUUGGCGUAGCUAAUUUCUUCAGUGCAUCUCCCAACCUGCAAGAAUUUGAGUUAAAGCAAUGGUGGUUUAAAGUUGAAAGGUCAAACAACGAGAUUCUGAAGGGAUUGAAGCACUUCCCACUGCACCAGCAUAUGAAUGUUUUUCGUUUUAUAGGUUAUUAUGGUUGCCCGAGUGACGUUGAAUUAGUGAACUACUUGUUGGAGAACUGUGUCUCGCUUAAGGAAAUCAUUGUUGAUACCCAAUCUCACCAACGUCUGGCCUACGAUCCACUUGAUUCUAAACAAUUAGAAUUGGCUGAAAUAGCAAAGGGUUAUGCCAAACAGCAGCUGGAGCCGCUAGUACCUAACCACAUUAGGUUAUUUAUAUGCUAA